AUGUCUACUUCUAAACGCAUUCAUGAGCUCCAGAUCAACAAAAUCCGUAAGGAGUUAAAGAGGCGGGACAUCGCAGAAUCAGGAAACAAAGAAGCCCUCGUUAGAUGUCUGAGAGAUGCUUUGAAAGAAGAUGGGUUUGACCCGGACACUUACAAGUUUGAAAUGAAGGCUGAUCUCAUCAGAAUGUUGAGUGAAAUAAAAGAGGAACUUCUAGGGUCAAUGCGAGCAAUAGCGACUGGUCUGAAAACAGAUCUGGAGGAAUUCAGAAACAUUUUCUUCUUUAGUAUCAACUUGUUGGAUUGGAUGAUUUCUGAUUGUGUUAAAAACAAAUUUGAUGGUUUGAAGUUUGAAGUGUUUUUCAUAGUUGACACAUUUUCUUUAUAUGUCAAAAAUACAACAAACAUUUACUGA